AUGGACGGCUUUCACAUACCGCAGCCCGCUCAUGUCUUUUCUACAGACUUUGGCCGCAAGCCACCACGGCCAGCUACAGAUCCCUCUACACAUCCUAUACCAGCCUGCGUGAUUGCUCGCUCAAAUCAAUCACACGAUGUCCAUCAGUACGCCGGAGUCUUACAGAGCCGUUACCCGCGUGAGUGCGAAGAGAUCUACGCAGGUUUCAAUCGUAGCGACUUCUUCGAUCCAUACGACAUUCAUCUUCACAGUGCAGAGUUUCUAGACGCUGUUCUGCGCGUGCUUGCGGAGCCCAACAAUCUUCGCGUCAGGAACUAUGCCUUGAGCUUCGCAACUGAGAACCCGCAAGGCGUAAUAAAGCUAUCCAAGCUUCAGAUCAACAGCGAGGCCGAUCUUGCUUCGACGAUUGCGAACCUGUUCCCGCCUGCACAUGUGAAUAUGCACGGAGUCAGGAUGUUUGGACACGUCGUAUGCCAGCUCAAAUGUUCUAUGAUGGCGAGCAGCGAACCCAGACCUCUACCAGCAGAUCGUAUGUCUAUGGAGAAUCCUGUGACUUCGGGUCAAGGUCCAAUCAACCACAACGAUUCUAUGCCAUUCUUAAAGCAUGCAAAACGAACAGACUCAAGCAAAGAGCCGAACAAAGGCAAUUCGAGGCUCCCGAGAAGCUCUUCAGCCGCUCAAGACGGCCUCCAUCCUCCGUCCAUCGUUCCGAACAACUCUACAUACGCCAAUGAUAAAUGCUCAGACAUGCGAAGGACUAUGUCUGCGGAACACUACGUCGAUUUGAACAACGGUACUAGUCGCAUGAACAAUGAGCAAAUAUCGAGCAAAGCAGGACCGAGAAAUCUAAAUGGUAACUGGUCGCACCUCAAUGUAAAUCAAGGAGCCGUCAGUCUACCUCAGACUCCGAUGCUUUCUGCGUCAACCUCUUCCAAUUUGAAUACCACCCGGCAGAGUGGGAAUCACGAAAGCCCCUCUGUAGUUCCUUCAAUCCCCCUGCCUUCAGCGUAUAAGGAAUCUUUCGGUCAAAUUCACCAGGCCAAUGCUGGAUCAAGACACUCAAGUGCACAGUCUACAAGAUCACCAUAUAUCAGCAACAUCCCUGCUGCAAGCCAAGCACCUAUGCGAUCUAUACAUGGCCAAACCCCAGCUUUCUUUCCGAUGACCAGUCAGGAUAUGACUGGUGCCAUGACUCCCCGGUUUUUCGUAAGUGGUCAGCCUCCCUUCCAGCAACAGCUACCGUUAGGUAAUUCGAUGCCCAUGAAUUACUCGACAAUCGAACAAAGCAGAUUCACGCAAGCUCAAGGAACCUGGGACAACAUCGAUCAGCCCAUCCUGUCACCUCCACCGGUUCAUUCUGAGUACAACCAUGAACUGACUGCUCGUUGCAAUCAGGGAGAUGUCAGAGGUAGCUUCGCUGGUAAAGGUAAUAAUAUACGAGGCCCUUCGACCACUGGACCAUAUAUUGGACGGGGUGGAUCGUACAUGAAGCCGAACGGUAAUCGAAAGGUCUCUGUCGGCUCUGCAAACUAUCGUGGACGUCGUAACACACAGGGAUCUAACGGCUACCUGGAUUCAUAUGAGAACGGAAACCACGGAGAUGGUAUGAUGGGCGACCGCGAUUCUGCUCACCGCGGUACGGAACCAUUCCCAAACUUUAGCGGUCCUCUGGAUCAGCUAGAUGCAAGCGCUAUGGCCAAUGCCCCUGAACAAAUUGUCACACAAAGUUUCAUAGGUGCGGCGAGAGAGGAUGUAGUUGACCUUUGGGUCACAGGUUUCAACAUGCGUCGGGAUGACGAUGAGACAAGUGGGAUGUUGGUCAGACUCUUCGAGACUAAGGCGAAAGUCAGGAGUGUCACAAUUAUGCACAGACCGGACUCCCUACACCCUUUUGCAUUUAUCAACUUCUACACUUCUGCAGGUGCUAGGGCAGGUCUUGGGCUCAACGGGGAUCUAUCGACUGGCUCCCAGCCACUCAGAGUUCAGGUGUCGGAGAAAUAUUGUAUUGGGUCCAGGAGAUGGUCGAAGCCUACGCCCUAUGGACAGCGUCGAACUAGUGAUGCCCAUGGUCAAUACCAUCAUAGAGGAGCCAACGAAUCUCGUGGUAGCUUUGGUGGUGGUAGCCAGCCAGUUUACAUGUCCCCUGAAUACGCACAGUCUCUCGGCUACACAAGCCCUCAGGGCCCACCAAAUCCCAAUUUCAAGCGUUCGAACCAAUGGCAGCAACAAUUUCAUGGACUGAAUGCAAGGAGGUACCCGAGCGGAGCGAAUGCUGAGUUCAUACAGCGGCUGGAUACCAACCAUGCCAACGAAAAUGCUCCCAAAGGCUCACAUGUCCAGUACUCACCACAAGACUGCCGAAGCUCGAUGCCGGUCCGCGAGAGGAAUUUUGAGACAAACAGCAGUCCAGAACGUAAGAAGAAGGGCAGCAAGAGUCGUUCGUCCCCUAUCAAGACUGGAUCAGAAAGCUCGUCAUCGACAGCGCAAGUGCACAAGUCCAAUAUGGCCGAGAAGGAUGUAGCCGCUGGUGACGAGACCAACGUCAGAGAGCAGGGGCCGUUCCAUGCAGUGGUAGAAGCUGAACCCGACAAUAUAGAAGGAGCCUUGACACUACAUACUAUUACGAGCCGAGAAUGUGAACCGAUCCCGGAAAGCUUGGAACUUGAUGGCCCUCCAAAAGCAGAGGUACUCGACUCUACAAAAGAACUGGUAGCAUGUGUCGAAAGAAGCUCAACAUCGAGUCCAGCUACAAUACUUAUAGCGACUUCAGAAACAUCGUCGGAGCAAGGCGGAUCUACUCAUGACCAAUCCGUCACUACCCCUGAGAGUAGGCAUCGAAUUGACGAUAGCUUCCACUCUGCCAUGGAGGCUCAGACGCCGAGGUUCAUGUCAGAAGAUAGUAAAGAGAGCAUUGUAGAGCCAUCAGUAACCCGCAACACCUCCACAAACGCCGUUGAUACUGGAGACAUAGAGACGGAAUCUAAGGCUGUUCCCGGAAUUGUUGCACUCAUCGAGGAUCCCGUCUCUAUCGACAAAUCUAGCUCUAGUAAUGAGCCAGCCUUGGACGAAGACUCGGUGUUCACCGAAGGACCCGCUGACUCACCAGUCCUAGAAGACACGGGCCACAAAGUCUUCUACAGUGUUGAGGACCAGAAAGCUGGGAAGGUAGAAACUCGUGAGGACCACUCCAGAGGUGUCGUCACACCUCCGUUACAAGAUAUAGGAGCUACUUCUUUGGUACAGUCGAAGUUGGAACCCGACCGCGCGCAGAAUGAGGGCGCUAUCAGAUCUGGUUCUAGCUCUACUAAUAAGCCAAAGUCGCCAAAGCCUUCGACUCAGCAGCAGCAGCAUCAGGCUGCACUUCAUCCAUUUGCUAAGGCUAAUCAAGCCAAGAAGAGCAAGGCACAGAAGAAAAAGGAAAAAAGGCAGCAAAAGGUCAAAGAUGUAGCUAAGGUGAACGGACAUGCUAGCGACAAGCAACUUCUUACCCGACCAUCUACCCCAACACCCUCUGCACCUACUGAUCCUGUUGUUGAGCUCACAUGCGAGGGUCACGAUAUCGCGAUGCUCACGGAGACAGCCAGCGAUGCAAACUCUCUCGAGGUCGAGAAAGAGCAAGGUGAGAGAAGGAACAGUGUGCAGAAAACCCGGUCACAAGCUUCGGCUGUGAUCGAAAUAGAUGUUCCAACUGCAUUCAGGUCUGGUUCUAUGAUGCUAGAUGCCGCUGUCAAGCCUGAGGUUGACGAGCUGAAGGCUAAAAAAGAUGGGAAUGCGAGCACUAUGAUCAAGACAGAGAAAGGCAACCCAAACGAGAAGGAGGAGAAGAAGAAGAAGGCCGUGAAGCCUCCACCAAGCCCGGAGAAAAAGCCAAAGAGCACACUGGCCCAGAAAGCUGCUAAGCUGGUAGCCAUGCCCGACUUGAGCAUGCUUAGAAGGAAGGAUGCUAGCAGCGCUGCGAAGAAGUGA